GUUGCAGAGUCUAGAAACCAGGAGAGAAACUGGAAUAUACAGCUUUUCUGAUUUUUGACUCAGUUCCAACAGGACAGCACGCUUGGAUUAUCCUCGGUAGCGCCGGUCCGUCACGGGGUCAUUUUUACAGGCAGGUAUAAAAGGAACUGCACACCCUAGCCCUUCCGCCCCGGGCUUCUCUGCUAGGUCUGCCCCGCCUGGACCGCCCCAUUCGCCCCGUGGAGCCGUCCCGGAGGAGCUGGGGGACUUGCCCCUGUGCACUCGGGACCGAGGCAGGCACCCUCCGAAAUCCUGCGACGCGGACUUGAGGACCCGGCGCUCCUCGGAACCAGGCGAGGCGCGAGUGCGGUAGCAGCUUUUCUGAAGAAAACCAGCGCCGGACUGAUAAGUCUCAGCGGCCGAAAUGGGGGAUUUGGUGAUAUUCAGAGAUGUGGCUAUAGACUUUUCUCAGGAAGAGUGGAAAUGCCUGAACUCAUAUCAGAGGAAUUUGUACAGAGAUGUGAUAUUAGAGAACUAUAGCAACUUGGUGUCAGUGGGAUGUUCCAUUUCUAAGCCAGAUGUAAUUACCCUAUUAGAGCAAGGGAAAGAACCUUGGAUGGUUGUGAGGGAUGAGAAAAAAAGAUGGAGUCUGGAUUUGGAAUCCAAAAAGUUAUCUCAAAAGGACAUUUAUGAAAUGAAUUUAUCUCAGUGGGAGAUAAUGGAAAACAUUAGAAGUUGUAGCCUGGAAGACUGCCUUUUCAGAAAAAAAUGUGAAUAUAAAAAGUUUGAGAGACAAAAAGGUCCUCAAAUGGGAUAUUUCAGGCAAGUGAAAAAAAACACCUCUGAAAAAAGGCCCACUUACAGAAAACUCAAAUCUCUUCCUUUAUAUCAGAGAAUUCAUAAUAGAGAGAAAACCUAUGAAUGUGGGGAAUGUGGAAAGGCGUUUAGAGUACGCCAACAACUUACUUUCCAUGAGAGAAUUCAUACUGGUGAGAAACCCUAUAAAUGUAAAGAUUGUGGUAAAGCAUUUAGACAGUGUGCCCACCUUAGUCGACAUCAGAGAAUUCAUACUCCUGACAAACUUCUUGAAUGUAAAAAGUGUGGAAAGAUCUUUACAUGUAGUGCAGAUCUUCGAGUACAUCAGAGAAUUCAUAUUGGUGAGAAGCCCUAUGAAUGUAAGGAAUGUGGGAAGUCCUUUAGAGUGCGAGGACAACUUAAUCUUCAUCAAAGAAUUCAUACGGGUGAGAAACCCUAUGAAUGUAAGGAAUGUGGGAAGACCUUUAGACAGUAUGCACACCUUACUCGCCAUCAAAGACUUAAUAUUGCUGAGAAGUGCUAUGAAUGUAAGGAAUGUGGUCAGGCUUUUCUGUGUAGUACAGGCCUUAGAAUACAUCACAAACUUCAUACAGGUGAAAAACCCUAUGAAUGUAAGGAUUGUGGGAAAGCCUUCAGAGUGAGGCAACAACUUACUCUCCAUCAGAGAAUUCAUACUGGUGAGAAACCCUAUGAUUGUAAGGACUGUGGGAAGACAUUUAGUCGUGGCUAUCAUCUAACUCUCCAUCAGAGAAUUCAUACUGGUGAGAAACCUUAUGAAUGUAAAGAAUGUCAGAAGUUCUUUCGUCGUUAUUCAGAACUUAUUUCACAUCAGGGUAUUCAUAUUGGAGAGAAGCCCUAUGAUUGUAAGGAAUGUGGGAAAGCAUUUAGACUGUUCUCUCAACUUACUCAACAUCAGAGUAUUCAUUUUGGUGAGAAACCUUAUAAAUGUAAGGAAUGUGAGAAGACAUUUAGACUGCUCUCACAACUUACUCAACAUCAGAGUAUUCAUACCGGUGAGAAACCCUACGAUUGUAAGGAAUGUGGAAAGGCCUUUAGACUUCAUUCAUCACUUAUUCAACAUCAGAGAAUUCAUUCUGGAGAGAAACCAUACAAUUGUAAGGAAUGUAAGAAGGCAUUUAGACAACACUCACACCUUACUUACCAUCAGCGAAUUCAUAAUGUAACUAAAUAGUUGUAAGAAAGCUUCCCAUUGUGAAUUUUGUGUUAAGGAGCAUUGGAAACGUUUUUAAAUGUAGAGAUCUCUUUUACUUCAUGCUCGCAACUAACUUAAGAGGUUUUAUUUUAAAGGAAGAAUGUGUUCAUGAACAUGAAGAAGACAUUCAUCACCAUUUAAAUCAUGUUAAACU